UUGCUUUUUAUUAUGAGAUUUAUAAUUUUAGAUUAGUGCAUGAUUAUGACCAUAUUAAGUUCAUUAUCAUUUAACCUGAGUCGAUGUAUUUGAUGUACAUUGCAUAACUUUUCUUUGUCGUACUUAUGUAAUCAAUCCAAAUUGAAAUAAAUUUUUUUAAUAAAAAGCAUUUCUUAUAUAACACUUGUAUUACUUUCAAAAUUACAAUAUGUUAAAGUCAGUAGUUUUCAAGCAAAUCAAAUGUUUCGGACCUCAAAAUAGAUGUUUCUUGUUGAAUAAAAAGUUUUCAACCAAAUCACUUACUCCAAAGAAGAUUGACAUAGGUAGAUAUGCUCUUUUGGCAGUGCCAAUUACAACAUUUUGCUUAGGAACUUGGCAAGUUCAAAGACGAAAAUGGAAGUUAAAUUUAAUAGAAGAAGUGAAAUCAAAAAGUAUGUCUCCUCCUGUAGAAUUACCUGAUAAUUUGGAAGAUUUAAACAAUAUGGAAUACCAGCGCAUCCGUGUACGUGGAAAAUUUGACCAUUCAAGAGAAAUGUAUAUUGGCCCUCGAGCAUUAAUUACAGAGAAGGAUGAAGGAGGAGGGUUAUUAUCUUCUCGUUCCCAAAGUGGGAAUAUGGUUAUCACUCCAUUUCAUGUAGCUGAUAAAGAUUUAACAAUCCUGGUUAAUAGAGGUUGGGUUCCAAGAAAUAAAUCUGAUCCUUCCAAGCGGCCUGAAGGACAGAUUACAAAAGAAAUAGAGCUUGUUGGGGCGGUAAGGCUGCAUGAAAAUAGACCUCAGUUUUCCCCAAAGACACAGUCAGAUCCUAAUUAUUUUUAUUUUCGAGAUGUAAAUAAAAUGGCGGCAAUCUCUGGAGCAUUACCGAUAUAUGUUGAUGCUGAUGUUAACAGCACUGUUCCUGGAGGACCAAUUGGAGGACAAACAAGGAUGUCCUUUAGAAAUGAACACCUUUCUUACAUAAUAACAUGGUACUCUCUAUCUGCUGGGACAUUAUAUAUGUGGUGGAAAAUGUAUUUGCGUCCAUUAAAGCGGUGAUGUAACUUUAGUUUAUUUUAAAAAAGAUAAAUUAUUCAAUAAAAACUUUUAAAGAUCCCA